AGGACGUCAACAUCGUCUCGCAGCUCAACCGAGCGCAGUAUGGUAAGCUGACCUGUCAGUGUUCAGGUCCCAGGGACGCUAGGAACUUACAAGACCUCUGUGGUUCUACAUCUAGCCUACCGGCUCUCAUUGAGACCAUCAGCGCCGGAUGCCACGCAGACUGCAGCUUUCCCCGUGUACCUGGAGGUUCCAGCGCUGCCUUCCAGUCCGCGUGAAGACGCAGACGCAGCGGAGAUGUGUCCGCCUCAGAUUGGCGCGUUCGCAGUCAUGGAGCCAUUCCAGUGCCAGUCGCCAGAGCAGGACGCCGCAGAGCCCACAAGUGUUGGCCAGGCUGCUGCGAUGCUGGGCGGGACCUUGGCUGCGGCCUUGCUGGUGUACUCCCUGCUGCCCUAUGUGAGGUCGAGAAACAGGAAGAGGCGGCGCAGUCGCUCGCACUCCCACUCGCAGGCGACGAGCAAGGACAGAUUGAGCUGGCGCAGUGAUCAGCACGAGGUGCCAAGCACGCCAACGACGCCGAACGGUGCGAGUCGAUGCAUGUGGGGCAGCCUAGACGACGAUGGCAUUGAACCCGCUCGGGCGUAUCGUGAUGGAGUGCGAGAGAGAAAGAGUCGACUACCGGAAGCCAAUGGAAGCGCGGGGUCGGACGCUGGAUCGGAGCUCCUGUUGGCUAAGCUGCCCGACUUUAAUGGUGAGGGCAGCUUUGUGACUAGAGUAGAGAUUGUAUGGGGUAUUGAUCUGACGAUGUGCGUAUUUUGUAGAUGAACGCGGGUGGCGCGACUUCUUCGACUCGCAGAUUUACCACAGCGACCCGCAAGAGGAGCAGCGGGCAGCGACUAAGACGUUCUCGAGCAUCAAAGCACGAGGAGACCCAGAGUUGAACGCAGUUACUGCUGCAAAGCGUCUAAAUCUACGGCAAACCAGGACUACCACCGCAUCAGCAUCGCCAAGAAGUGACAGAUACAACUCGAUCCGAGACAAGAUCGACCGAGCUGCGAUGGAGGCUGCUGUCGACGAAGCCCAGUCAUUCUACGAGUUCUGGCAGAUGUGAGCGGGGAUGCACGUAUUUGUAGAUACAUGACAAGCUUUAUGGUCUCGAUUCGAGGACGUUGGUGCGAAUGAAGCAUCGAUAUGGAUAUUUUCAAUCAAGCUCAAGUUUCACCGCGUGAGUGUCGUGAAAGUCGGCACGUGCGGUACAGUUUUAUUCUCUUGCUAAUAUAAUACUGUGCAAAACGGUUGGGGCCCUUACUGCUCGCUGUUGCUUGUGUGUCUUCAGUUUUUGUUUGUCCCUAAAAUACGUGUGUCUAACGUGUGCACCCCAUAGCUGCUAGCGUUUCCAGGUCUAUGGCAGGUUCCCCGCUCAUUCUGAUGCCUGCAUUCCAGUGACAUGGGUUCCAAGGCGCCAAGAAUAGAGCUUCGUCCUCGAGAUGGCACGCACAAAGCUCCUACCAGCAGCAACUGCAACAAUGCCGAUGCUUGUGGCUGACAGAUAUAACGCUUCUGGCCGCCCCGUGGCUAGUGCGAUUGAAGAGGCCCUCGCCGCAGUUAACAAGGUCCAUGGUCCGGGCGCUGUCAUGGCUGGCAGCAGCGGUUAUCAUGGCCAUUGGGUUGUCUGCAGAGGCGCCGAUGGCGGCGACGACUACUACUACAGCCGUUAGGAAUGGUAUGGAUCUCGGCCAGUCGACCAAGUCUCGGACGCAGCAGCGAAUGCACAAACGGGCGAACGUGAUGGUCACGAUGAAGUCUACUGGCAACGACAUUCUAGCCAAGAUCAAGGGGCAAAAGUUCACGUCGCGCGGCCACCGCGUGGCUGCUCUGAAGGACGGCCUCGAAGGGUUUGCAAAAGAGUCGCAGCGCGGGAUUCACGAGCUCCUGGGGAAAGUGAGCGACUCGUUCGCGCGCUCGAAGAGUUUUUGGAUCACGAACCAGAUCUACGUGCAGCAGGCGACGCCGGACCUUGUGAAGCAGCUCGAGAAAGUACCCGGGGUGCUGUCGGUAGAGUACGAAAUGGUCUUCCCAGCCUCGAUGCCUGUGCUGUCGACGCAGUCCAUGUCAAGUUCAACUUCAGCGGCUCAGUGGGGUGUGAGUAAGAUCAACGCGCCAGACGUGUGGGCUACAGGCAACACCGGUCAGGGAGUUGUCAUCGGUUCAAUCGACACCGGCGUACGUGGUACCCACGAGGCACUAGCGAGCAAUUACCGCCAAACUUACGGCUGGUAUGACCCAGAAACGAAAUCGAGCGCCCCUUAUGAUUCAACGGGCCAUGGGACCCACGUCAUGGGAAUUAUGGCAGGACAAUUUGGCUUCGGAGUUGCUCCGGGCGCUACAUGGAUCGCGUGCAAAGGGUGCCGGGCGCAGGGGUGCUACGGCUCGGAUUUACUGGCGUGUUUCCAAUUCAUGUUGUGUCCGACGACUCCCAGCGGAGGGUCUAAGGACUGCUCAAAGGCUCCUAACAUCGUGAACAACAGUUGGGGAGGUGGCCAGGGUCUUACCAUGUUCGAUGGGGUUAUCAACGCUUGGCGAGCUGCCGGGAUCAUACCUGUCGUGGCAGCUGGAAACACGGGCCCCAACUGCGGCACUAUCGCGUCACCGGGUGACUCUGCUAGCGUUAUCACAGUUGGUGCGACGGACAUCAACGAUGUCCUCGCGUCCUUCAGCAGCAAAGGCCCCACGGUGCGAGGACUUCGGAAGCCCGACGUGGCUGCUCCAGGUGCGUUGAUCUUGUCGUCUUGCUGGACGGACGACUCGUCCUACUGCUUCAAGUCGGGCUCUAGCAUGGCCUCCCCUCAUGUAGCAGGCGCCAUUGCGCUCUACUUGAGCGCGAACCCGGGGACAUCCUACGAGAAAAUCAAAGAUUUGCUGCAGUCGAGAUCCGUGACCACCACACUCACGACCCCGACGGGCUUCACCUGCGGAAACACGCAAGACCGAAAUUUCCCCAACAACCAGUACGGCUACGGCCGCAUUGACAUUUUCAACACCCUCAGUUAAUAGGGGCACCCUUUUAUUUACUCGCUAACCCAGCCUACCCUCCUACUCAAGUUGAAAUGAUCGACAGUACAAUGCGAAGUAAUCUACGUUCAUACAAAGAUCGAAUUUCCUCGUCGUUUAUCUCCCAACAUCUAUCUGCGCACCCACACUUCCAAGUUUGUCUGCCUAUUUAUAUAGUGAUAGACUGCCCCACAUUCAUAUUUUGCUUUGGAAAUGACACCAAGGCCCGUGACAACACCCGUAGCAACACGUGCUGGGGUACCGAGCCUCAAUGUCCGCCCUGUUUCAAGGGCAGCGACUGCAAGUGCAAGCUUCCGCAGCUCCGGUCGACCCUUUUCAGCGUCCAAUUUGCCAGCGUCCAUCGCGAACGCACGCUUCAAGAGUUUCCAGCUGCAGUACGACAUUUUGUGCCAUAAUCCUAUCCUAGCUGCUAUCUCACAAGAAAUCCCCUGGAAGAACCUCUUUGACCUCUUCCUCCUCAAGUUCUUUGCUGUCGGGGACGAGCUCUGGUCACAGGGAGAGCAACCACACGAACUAGCAUUCGUUUUGUGCGGUGGCUUCCUCGCUCGAACGACUGAGGAAAUCACACAGACAACGACGGACAUAUUUGAGAACGAAAAACCGAAAAUUAAAGUUCUGGCCGAGAAAAUGAUUAAACCUGGUGGGAGCCUAGGAGCCUUCUUGGUGCUAAAGGGAACCCCACUCCCCUACGCUGUCGUGACGGCGCGGUUCAAGUCCAUUUUGCUAUCUCUACCGAGCCAGCGACUCAAAUCCGUGAUGCGACAACUAAAACCCGAGACGCAGGAGCUGGUUGAGCAAUUGAUCUAUGAGACCGAGAAACAACUCAUGGAGGCGCUGAAUUUACCAUUUCGAGUGCAACGAGAUCUUCGCGUCAGCACGGCUCCUGCGAGCACCAAGCAGCAAGUGGGUCAGUUCGGAGGCCGACCCAAGAAGAAAAUUCCCCCGUCGCUAGUCGAUCGCAUCAUGGGCUCCUCGGAGAAGCGUGAGAAGGCGACAGCAAUGACGCGCAGUGCAUCUACUUCGGCUGUUGGGGACGGUGCGCCAUCGUGGGCAUCGCUUCAAGUGGUCAGGCCCAUGGAAUACGAAGUGAAUUCUUCGCUUCUCAUUCUGCACCAGUCCAGCUCGACGGGAAAUCUGCAUUUGCCCUUGUCUACCACCUCGAAGAAUGCGCUGUUGCGGACAUCAAACCUCAGUACAGUGGCUAGCCAGAUUGCCAAGAAGCACACUCAAAGACGUUUGGAUAGCAUCAAACUGCCAGCACCAGCCGAGGCCUUUCCACCGAGGCGAUUAACCGACCAACGAGAACUAUUGAAGAAGGAUGGAGGAGGGCAGUGUAUGGAGAUGGUGGAACAGCUUCUAGGGAAACAACUAUCGAAACGAAUGGCUGCUGAUGUUGUGCCCAAAGAACGAGUGGGUCGACUGUUAAAACCGUUGAAGAAGCCAGCAAUGAUGCAGAGAUCGACAGCCAACAACGCGAGUAGCAGCAGCAGCAGCGAUAGCGGAGAAGCUCAGGGCGUUUCUGCAGCACCCAAGCGUGGCCGACGGGUGCUGGUCGCGAAUCGGAACGAGCAUUUUCGCGACGCCUCCCAUGAUACAUUCAAAGAUUAACGGAGACGUCCGCGUGGAGUUACUCUCACAAGAGUGAAGCGGGGAUCUCCAAACGAUUGCUACCGCGGUCACCCCAGCACUGCACGCCACCGUCCUCGAAGCGAAUACCGCAGCCAUGAUUCCAGCCCAGGGUCAGCUCGUCGAAUUGCACAUUAGUUGGCG